AUGCUUCUUCAGAUGAAGCCCUCAAAGAAGAGUAUGUCUGAGCUGGAGAAUGGCAUGGUCAAUAUUAUCCGAGUUUUCCACAAAUACACGGGUCACAAGUGCAAGCUGAGGAAAGCUGAGCUUAAAUCGCUUAUCGACAAUGAGAUGAGUCAUUUCAUAAUGAAAAUCCAAGAGAGUGAAACUCUGGAUGAGCUCUUUGCGGACCUCGACCAGAACGGAGACCUGGAGAUUGACUUCAAAGAGUUCAUCACCCUCAUCGCCAUGGUCACCUCAGCUUGCCAUGAACUCUUCAUCCCCAAUCCCCAUGGUAUUUAGUUAGCAUGUAUA